UAACUUUAUAAGAUUAUAUGAAGUGUGUUUAGAUUAAUCCAAAAUUUGCAAAGUGUUAUAGUAGAAUGGGUAAUAAAAUACUCAUAAUGCAUAGGCACUGUUAUGAGCGAUUUAUAAUAACAGGAUGUUGCGCUCUAAAAUUCUAAUUAGUAUAGAAAAUGAUGGGAACUGCAUUUAUGUUUAGAAGUAAUGUAAAAUUCAUAUUUUUAGCUUGGUAUAAUUAAAAUGAACAAAUGAAUGAUGAUGCACUUAGAGAUUUCAAUUAAGCUUUAAAAAUGAAUCCAAAAUAUGCUUUAGCCUAUAAUUACAGAGGUGAAUACUAUUACACAUAAUAUUUUAGCCAUAUUAUUUAAAGAUAUUGGUGGCAAAGAUAAAGAAUUAAGUGACUAUUAACAAGGAUUUUGUCUAUCUCUUAAUGAUCCGUUGUUAUUAUGCAAUUUGGGUGAUUAUUAUUACAUUCUUUCUGACCAUACUUAAUAAACUUUGAAUGUUCUCAAAAGGCCUUAGAUUCUUUAUAGAGGUUAAAAUAAUCAGAAAUGGUGA